AUCCGAAACCCGAACCUCGCCUUUCCUUGAGAUCAUUUCGCUUCACUGCCUCUCCGCCGUUGUUUCGUCCCUCCACUCCCCCGUCUCAAUCAACUCCCGUCUACCCGUCAUCAUGGUUGUCUACUACCAGCUCGCCGGCAAGCAAGUCGGCUCCCACGUGCUUGCCAUGGGUGUUCUCGGCUCCCUCUUCGGUGGUGUCUACCUCGCCACCCGCGGUGGCUCUCAGCCCAAGCAGGCCGCUCCCCCAAUCCAGGCUUCUUCCAAGGACGAGGAGACCUUCAUCCAGGACUUCCUGAAGCAAGUGAACGGAAGCGGGGAGGAGAAGAAGAGCGGCCAUUAAGAUCUCCGAAGGAGGAGAAAUGAAUCGAGGACCGUCCCGGAGCCCACGAAAUCUUGACUACGACUCUCCCUGACUUGAAGAGCGUCAAUCGUCUGAUCCGAAACAGGAUGGCAACUGGGGCGGGCCUUGUAUUAUGUGUCGAACUGCUGGGCGGCUUGUACCAGUGGCGAGGUGUGUGAUCUGUACAUAUAGAGGUAUACACCGCAUUGAGCUAUGUUCUUCUAUGCUGGUAAUCAUCAACAAGAGUUGGAGAAUCGUGUCCGGUGCACCGUUGGUUUCGUAGGGCGGUUUGACCGCCGAUCC